GAUCUGUAUGGAUGAGUUACUAGUCUCGUCUUUCGGGAGAAAUAGGAGUUCCCCAAGGCUCAAUCCUACUGCUGCUACCAGCCCUGCCAACUCCUCCCAAACUCGGGAGUCCGCCCAGGAGAGAGCGUAGGGAAAGAGGCUUUCAUUUGAGAAGAGCAAUGAUACUAACUUGGAUGAUGUUCCUUUGUCCCACAGAGUAAUGGCCUCUAGCUCUACCGAUCCGGCCGCUCGGACUGGUACACUUGCUUCGGCUGCUGCGACCGGUGGGGCAGAGGGGACUUCAUUCGUUCCCUCUACUGUGGCCCCAUGGAUCCCUAAGAUGAUCAGGUCUGACGGUUCUUUGGUCACUCCAUGUUAAAGGAGCGCUUAGGCUCCAAAAAAGUCCUAGGCUCAGCUAAAGCGCCUCAACCCACUACAGACCAGGCUCCCUCAAUCAGGUUCACAUAAAGCCCUCGGGCUCAUGCUUUUUAGUAGGCUCUAGGCUUAAAAAAGGCACGCCUUGUAUUUUUUAAUCAUUUAUUCAUAUCAUUUUCUUUUUUUACUUAAUGACUAAUAAAUUAAAGUUCUAUAUCAUAUAUCAUAUUGUUUAACCUUAUGAAAUUUUUGACAAAAUUCAUAAAUUUAUGGUUCACUUCUUACAUUAACUGCAAUUACUGCAUAAUUAUGAAUAUAUAUAAUAAUAUAUGUUUAAAUAUGUAUUAUUAUAUACAUAUGCCUUGCUUCGAUCAGGCUGACGCCUUAUACCGGGCCUUGCGCUUAGGCUCCAAAAGGCCUUUGGUGCCUUAGUGCGCCUUAAGCCUAUAACAGCUAUGCUCCCAACAAUACCAUGUUCAAGAACGAACCAACCGCUUUGGCCUACUAUUCCCACGUGUGGUCCCUUCGUGACGUACAGGUGCAGAGAGUGAUGUCGCGAACAGAGAUGUUUACACGGUUUUCUGUUUAGGCUAUGGAGUUCAAGAUGGUCACUAUGCAGAGGGCUCUUGAGAUAGCCAAUCAAAAGGUGAUCACUCUCUCUUCAGGCUAUAAGAAGUUAUCUGUUGACAUGAAGAAUGCCAAGACAGAACUGAGAGAAUCAGAGCUCAAGCAUUCUGGCCUUAAGAAAGAGAAAGAUAGCCUCCAAGGAGCUCCUCUAGAAGACGAGCGGGGCGCUCGGUCUGCUAUGGAUAAGAAGGCUUCUGACGAUCGUACUGCCCUCCUUGGUGUGACGAGCAGGGUUGAGGGUGGUGUCAAAGCUCUUCACGCUCACUUCUCUUAUGCGUAUGCUCAGGGGUACAGAGAUGGAUUCACAGAUUGCUCCCUUCCAAAAGGAUAGAGGAGGUCCUAUCAGAAUCCAGAUGACUGUGAUCGUGACCUCUGGAUUGAACCUCUUGGAUCUUACAUCGAUCCUGUUCCUGAUAAGGCUGAGCUUGUCUUUAGGGAGUGCAAGGUGAUCGUCACUUCUAAGGUCAUUCCCCCUAUCUCGGUUGUCCAGCCUCUCAACGCUACACCUCAUCCACAGACUGGGGUGCUGGGUGGUCAGACACUUGAUGGUCAGACUUUAGCUCCUUCCGAGAAUGUGGUUGAUUUGGAUUCUCCCUCUCGUGGAGAUGAUCCUCAAGAUGAUAUGGAGUAUGCUCAGGAGGGCAAUUUGACUGUCUAGGGCUUAUUUUCUUUCUUUUUGGGUUGAUUUUGUAAUGUGAACACCCGUUUUGUGUUUUGAUGAAUGAUAACGGGAUGCUUGGAUUUUAUUUUGCUUUUUACUUUCUUCUUUCUGUUUGGGAAUUUCCAAGUAUCCGGCAUUCGGCAAAUAAAGCCACUUGCUACUAGUUUUUUAACAAAUUUUCACAAG